AUGUCUCAUGAGGACUGUAUUUUCCUCCGUUUCAUCCGGUUCCUUUGUCACAUCCCCGACCAACAGGAAGGAUCCCUCUACUCGUCCUUUCACCAGUGGCGACGCAAGCCCCAUCGGAAUGCAGGAUCCGGUGCCGCGGUGAUGGAUCUACGGAGUACUUUCUCCACUGUUAAUGUUUGGGACUUGGACCUGAACUUUGGGUUGAUUCUUGAUUCUUGCUCAGGGGUUGUGGUGGAUUCCUCUGCCGAUCCUGUACUUUGUCUCGAGUUGACACGUACUUUGUUUGGACUUUCGUACUUUGGCCUUCCGUUGCUAGCCAAGGAUUAG